AUGGUGACAGAUGAGUGUAUACCAUCUCUGCUAGAGGAAGCCACUCGGCACUAUCGCAUUUUUGCGGAUUAUGGCACAGACUUUAUCUGGAGACAUCCGGAUGAUGUCAGAUCGGAUGAAGACAGCCAUGUCGAUUCAGAUGAGGUUCUAUCGACAUAUCCUUCCUCUGUUCGUGAACUCUACGACGCCUGGGUGGACACUUACACGGACAACUUCAGAAGGCGAUGUGAAGAAACCCAGAACUACUCGGCCACUGUCUUUUCAACCAUAACAGAGGAAGUGGCGUGGAACGUGGCCGGUUACCUAUUAGCCUGGCGCAUCACCAUGAGUCCUCAAAUUGGAAGCCUCGAAUAUACCGCGGGAAAUGCAAAAUAUUUGCUAUGCCGUGGGGAGGAGACUGCUGUGACAACGCUGUUCUUGAAAGACCAGGUAGAGCUCUUGGCCAAAAAGGAGCCUAUAGAGUGA